GUCCGAUGCCCGGAAUCCAGUCAGUCCUGGCUGUCGUGCAGGAGACGCUCAAUAUCGAUGCUCUCUUGUUUAUGAACGUUGGCCUGCUUCUGCUCGGCCUGAUCACUUCUCUCCGCUCAGCGGGGAGAAUCCUCUACGCGUAUGCCGAAAAGACCUGUCUGGCUACGGUGCAUGUCAAAGAUGAAGACCAGCUGUACGAGGAUAUCAUCCUUUGGAUGAACGAUCAUGUCUUCAAGGAUUGCAACUUCCGCUCUGUCCUUGCACAAACGACCAGCAGCGAGAAGAAGGAGCACAAAGAAAAGAAGAGAGAAAAAGGAAUGCGGCCGGACAAAAGACCAAAGCCAGACAAGCUAAUCAACUACAAGCAAAACGACGACGGAUCGUCGAUGGAAUUGAAGCCAUUCCAUGGAUCGCGUUUCUUUCGCUUCAAGGGGACGUGGAUUCUCUUCAACCACGCCCACGAGCCCAUCACGUCCACCCAGCAAGUCGAGGGCAAUCCUCCGAUGAAGCUGCAAUGCCUCAGUCUCUCUCUCUCUCCCAUCGUCGCAUUGCUCGAAGAAGCCAGAGCCUACAGGCGUCAAGUAUCUGUCUCUAGCAUCACCGUCCACCGGGCCAUGACCACUCCACGAGAAAUGAUCCGCUGGAAACCCGUGGCUUCCAGAUCAUCCAGAGAUAUCUCGACGGUUAUCCUCAAGAAAGACAAAAAAGAGGCUAUUCUGCAAGACAUCAACGAGUAUCUCCAUCCCCACACGCAGCAGUGGUAUGCCAACCACGGCAUUCCCUAUCGUCGAGGGUAUCUCUUCUCUGGCCCUCCUGGCACGGGAAAAACCAGUCUGGCGUCUGCCAUUGCGGGGGUGUUUGGUCUGGAUAUUUACGUCCUGAGCCUCUUGGAUCCCACCAUCACCGAGUCGCAUUUUAUCCGAUUAUUCUCCGAAGUGCCCACACGGUGCGUCGUCUUGCUGGAGGAUAUCGAUGCGGCCGGAUUGAACAGAGGCAGUCUAUCCAGUAAGGAAAGCAAGUCAGCAGAUGGACAGAAUACAACGACAAACGGAAACACCGUGUCUCUAUCUGGACUGCUGAAUGCCAUCGACGGUGUUUCAUCCCAGGAAGGACGCAUUUUGAUCAUGACCACGAAUGCACCGCAGGAUCUGGACAAAGCGCUCAUUCGCCCCGGUCGCGUGGAUAUGCACGUCCAGUUCGACCUUCCAUCUCAUGAGGAGCUGCACAGUCUAUUCCUGAGCAUGUAUAGCGAUGUACCAGAGAUUGCAGAAGCAAAGGAAAAACCGGAAAGUCUGGAUGAGCUGGCUACUCGCUUUGCUGAGUCUGUGCCUGAAAAGCAACACAGUCUGGCCGAAGUGCAGGGCUUUCUUCUACGGUUCAAGCGAGACCCCAAGGAGGCCUGUUCCAACGUGACAGGCUGGGUGGAAGAAAUGCAGGAGGAAUUAAAAUGAAUGAAUGAAUGACGAGAUACACCAUUGGUAGAAUAUGCCAUCCCAAUGCACUAUGAUCCAUG